AUGCCUUCUCGAGCGGUGCAAGAGGCUGGAAGCGAUAGGCGAAAGGCAGAUAUAUUGGCGCCCAUCGUUAUACAAGCUCUCGGAAUACUCGCGGUGCCGCUGCGGUUGUAUGCUCGUUGGACGACCGUGCAUCGGUUCGAGACAGACGACUGGAUCAUGAUCUUUUGCGGGGUCCAGAUCUUCUUUAUCGACGAGAGCUUUUACCUCACCUGCCUAGGUCUAACCAAAAUAUCAGUGCUUUUCUUCUACCUGCGAAUAUUCCCGAACAAAUCCUUCCGACGUGCCACGUACGCGGCCAUGUCCUAUAUUGCCUUGUCGACUACUAUCAUGCUCUUCAUGCAAAUAUUCCAAUGCAUACCCUUCUCGUAUAAUUGGGAUGGGUGGAAAGGCGAUUUCGGUCCGCAUCACUGCCUCGACAUCAACGUGCUCGCGUUCGUGGCGGGUGGGCUUAGCAUCAGCCACGAUAUCAUUAUCCUCUUCCUUCCGAUCCCGCUGCUGUGGCAUCUCAAUAUGGGUCUACGCUCCAAAGUCGGCAUUUUCAUCAUGUUCAGCUUGGGUAUCUUUAUUCUUAUCACCUCGUGCGUGCGCUUACGGUACAUCGCCUUGUUUACGCAGUCAAUAAACCCGACGUGGGACUUCACGGAUCCGCUCAUCUGGUCAGGCAUUGAGGUGUCGGUGUCGAUGGUCGUAGUGUGUCUGCCUUCCAUGCGAGUCCUUUUCAAACGCGGCAUGCCAAGGUUUUUCAGCUCUGUGAGCUCUGUGGAAGCCUCGGCACCCAAGAAGGCGUCGAUUUCGUCGUCUCGCAUCGGACAGUACUUGAAGUCGAUCAGCAGCCGCGAUCAACAGAGCAACGAUCCGUUCGGCCGAAAGGCAGCCGCGGCCGCGCGAAUCGCGGAGAAGAGGAAGAAGUUCUUCUCGUUCCGAUCGACCAACGUAGAGCCAGACGAAAGCCAGCUGGAGCUGGGAGACAAGCUUAGGGGCGAGGUGCGGACACAGAUAAGGUAUGGAGACGGCGAGUCCUCGACGCGCCGGAGCUCAAUCGAGUCGGGCAUUCACGUGCGCACUACUACUACAUUUGAAGAUAUGGGUGAGGGCAACGGAAAGCUGUGA